AUGCAUACAGUCCCUCAGUUGAAAGAUAAAUCCUUAUUUAUUGAAAAAUGCUAUGUUAAUGGAGAAUGGGUGGAUGCAAACUCUGGCGAAACCUUUGAGGUCCAUGAUCCCUCAACUGGUAAACUCAUUGGCACCUGUCCAGAGUUCACACCAGCGGAUACCCAGAAAGCAAUCGAUGCCGCAGCUUCUGCAUUCCCAUCUUUCCGAAAGAUCACUGCUCGUGAACGUGCACGGAUGCUACGAAGGUGGCAUCAAUUAAUGCUAGACAAUGCUGAAGAUCUAGCAACCCUUAUUACAUGGGAAAACGGGAAACCAUUAGCCGAUGCAAAAGGAGAGGUCAACUAUGCCGCCAGCUUUUUCGAAUGGUUCAGCGAAGAGGCCCCUAGGAUUUACGGUGAUACUAUCCCGGCUACAGUUCCUGGAAACAGAAUCAUGACAAUCAAAGAGCCUGUUGGCGUUUGUGGCUUUAUCACACCUUGGAACUUUCCCGCAGCCAUGAUCACGCGAAAAAUCGCACCAGCAUUAGCUGCUGGCUGUACUGUGGUGGCCAAGUCCCCGGGAGAGACACCAUUCACUGCAAAUGCUAUUGCCGAGCUGGCUACCCGUGCGGGGAUCCCAAAGGGCGUAGUAAAUAUAGUUACCGCAUUGAAGAACACCCCUGAAAUCGGUUUAUCUCUUACGACUGCUCCGGAAAUCCGCAAAGUGUCGUUUACGGGCUCAACAGCAGUAGGAAAGCUGCUGAUGAAGCAGUCGGCCUCUACGAUGAAAAAGCUGUCCUUUGAACUAGGAGGAAAUGCACCUUUCAUUGUAUUUGACGAUGUUCCUGAUAUUGACGCGGCUGUUGCCGGUGCCAUUGCAUCCAAAUUCCGCAGUUCGGGUCAAACAUGCGUGUGUGCUAACCGCCUUUAUGUCCAAAGAGGCGUCUAUGAUGAAUUUGCUUCUAGAUUCGCAGAGAAGGUAGGAGGAUUUACGUUGGGCCAUGGAUUUAAUGAAGGGGUUACACAUGGGCCGCUCAUCCACUCUCGUGCUAUUGACAAAGUACAUGAACAUGUCGGCGAUGCCCAAGCCAAAGGUGGAAAAGUAAUUAUUGGUGGAAACAGAGCUUCUGAACUGGGAUCGAACUUCUUUUUCCCUACGGUUGUUACCGAAAUGACAAAAGAUAUGCGAAUGGCAUCCGAAGAAACAUUCGGCCCCGUAGCUGGCAUUUAUCCGUUCGAGACGGAGAAGGAAGUUGUGGACCUUGCCAACGCCGCUGAAGUUGGUCUUGCCGGCUACUUCUACAGCAAGGAUGUCCAGCGCAUCUUCCGUGUUGCCGAAGCCCUAGAGGUCGGCAUGGUUGGUGUGAACACCGGGAUUAUCAGUGAUACAGCUGCCCCAUUCGGCGGAGUAAAACAGAGUGGAUUUGGCCGGGAGGGUAGCAAGUAUGGAAUCGACGAAUUCCUUACGAUUAAGACUGUGACGUUUGGAGGCAUGGGAGGUGAUCUUCAAGGUUGA